UGUGCGGAAGAGUAAGGAAAUAUAUAAAAUAUGUCCAGUUCGGGUGCAGAAAAACCUUUGGCGCAAUCCACUGCGUUAGGUGAAAAAACAAGUGAAAACGAACGAGAAAACGUAGGUGGAGUUGUAGUAGACGAUCUAACAGAAUGUAAAAAUGCAGCUGACUAUGAGGAUGUCGUUGAUGUUGAUGAUGAUGAUGGUGAUAUAGCUGAUGGAAUAGCUGAAGAUUUUGUUGAAUAUGUUAUGGAAUAUGUUGGUGACGAUCUAAUUGAAGGCGUAAUUGAAAAACUAACUAAUAGAAGAGCUAAAGAAGGAAUUGAAUUAAGAACUGCGUGUAAAAGUGACGAUCAUAUUAAGGAAUGUAAAACAGAUGAACUUAUUAAAAAUGUGCUCGGAAGUUCGAAUGUAGGCAUGAUUAAAAAGGAACCUGAGCAUUUUACUGGAAUGCCAGAUGAUUUGAUAACUAAGAAUGCAGGUAAUGCCGGCGAUGAUAAUGAAGAUAAAAUUGGGGAAAAUAAAACUGAACACUCUGUUAUAUAUUUAAUAGAAUAUAUAACAGCGUUUGUAGCUGAAGAUAUAAUUCUUAGCGCAACUGAUAAAGUGACGCAAUUUGCGACUAGAAACAUAACUGAAAGAUUAAUCAAAUGUAUUACAGAAUAUGUAACCGAUGAUAUAAUUGAGACGGUAGUUAAAGAUACGAGGAGGGCUAUCAUUGAAAGUAAAACCGAACAGAUAACCGACUUUAUAAUGGGAUUCAUUUCUGAUAAUGAAAUUUUACAUACAAUUUUAAAUUUAAGCGGUCUCAAAAUGAUGCGUAAAACGAAAGAUUCAAGUGGAGCUCUCACCGGAAGACCAAUUGACUAUUUGACUGAUGAGUUUAUUCAAAAAUAUGCCAAAGGCAAAACCGGAAAAAAAUCUCGGGACUUAAUUGAGCCCUUAGCUGAACAAUUGACCGAAAGCUUAGCUAAUAGCAUAAUCAAUGCUAUACUUUGCAAACUAAAUCGGGACACCGCGGAGCAUCUAACUGAUUAUGUAACCGAAUACGUAACCGAAGACCUUCUUGAAGAACUAUGUGAAGAGUUCAGUGACGAUAUAUCCAAGUCCUCGGCCCGAACAUACACUAAAUAUUCAAGCGAUGAUGCAACAGUCAGAAAUGAUGACAGCGAUUCGGAAAGAACGAACUCCAAAUCAAGUUCAAGUGCUGCGAGCGAUAUGUGGAAAAAUUUUACAGAUGAGGAGUAUGGGAACGGUUUGGCAGAUUGCUCGGUUAAUCAGCGAUCAUUUUUCACCUUUGUGCAUGUCCAAAAGAAACCCAAUUAUAUUGUGAAUGUGCCGAAGAGACCGACACUCGAGCAGCUUAUACGGGAGAUGGUGAAUGAGAAUCUGGGCGCCAGCAUGCGCAUUAAGAUUGGAGACCGCCAUUUCGAUUGUAUACCCAAUUUGCUGAAGGUUAAUUCGCCUUGGUUCGCCAAUAGGGAUUGGCAUGAGGAGCAUUUCCAAUUCAGGGAGGAGGAUGUGCCCAUAUUGGCAUUUGAGCUCAUCUAUAAAUGGCUGCGCUUUCAGACGCCAAUUUUGCUCAACGAUGCCAUCAAGGUGCUGCAGGCAUCUAGGCAUUUGCAGAUAGAUCUACUGGAGUCCGACUGCUGGGAUCUGCUCUCCCAGACGCAUGUGCGUGAGAAGAUUGCCUUCCGCUUGUUCUUGGAGGCCGAAAAGAUGCCAGCUCUGGAGGAUGUGCGGGAAAUCAUGUUGAGCCGUGUACGCGGCUAUUUCUUGGCCCUGGUGGGCAGUGAGGAUUUUCUUAACUUGAAGCUCGAUCAGCUGUUAAGCUUGCUGAAACGCGACUCAAUUGGCGUCAACUGUGAGGUUGAGGUGUUCUUUGCGGCUGUUCGUUGGCUAAGCAAAUCGAAGAACCGACUGGAACACAUGAAGACGGUCAUGAGGUGUGUGCGGUUUGCAUAUAUGCCGAUGCCAAUGUUGUUCAGAAUUCGCGCCAUGGGCCUUGCGGACGAAACUAAACCGAUUGGCAGUACAGAGCGUGUGCUGCAGGAGUUUCAAAGGCAUCCGGAAAUGACACAAAUGCUCUACGAUGCCAUGACAUAUAUAAGCUUGCACUUUCAAAAUGAAAUGGAACCGGAUCCCAUUGAUCCGGACGAGGAAAUUCAGCAGAAAUUGGUUUAUCCGCGUCGUUGGAUAUAUCACCCGAAAUGCCCCUACCACAAGGCACGCCUCAUCUAUCCCUACCAGCAUAGUCUUACCCAGCAGGAAUUCGACAACUACGUUUGCAUGAUACAAAAAGAUUGGAUGGGCGAGGAGCCGCCGGCAGACGCAGUGCUCGAAGUGGAAUUCGAUGGGGUUGUAAAGCUUUCGCCCAAAUUAAGCAGCGAAACGAUGGCACGCUAAAAGGCAUAAGCCUUUGCACAAGCUUAAAUGUUACAUUAUUUUGUUGGAUCAUCAUCAUAACAAAAAAUAUAAAAAAUAUAAAUCGAAACGAAAGAGUAUAAAUAAGUCAACUAACCCCGAUUAGUAUAGCACAUGUAAGCUCGAAUGGAAGUGUUAACAGUUUACAAUCGCAUUAAAACUGAGAUAAGUUUGCAUUUUAUACGCAAGCCAAAGAGAACAAGGAACAAGCUAAUAAGAUAAUAAGAAAACUACUGUGAAACAUUAUGCAACUCACUCACUAAAAGCAAAGUGUGAAAGAUUGCUUUUUAUACCCUUUAACAAGUGAAAGUGAAUGACGAAAAGGGUACACAGGUUUUGAUGAAGACUUUGUAGCAGACUUCAUAAAUUGUACACAUUCCUUAUCAAAUUCAAAUAU